CUGUCCCUCUCAGUCCCUCUCUCACCCUUCUCUGAUGACUCUUAUCCGUCUCCAUUCUUCCCAACCUUCUCUGAUGACUCUUAUCCGUCUCCAUUCUUCCCAACCUUCUCUGAUGACUCUUAUCCGUCUCCAUUCUUCCCAACCUUCUCUGAUGACUCUUAUCCGUCUCCAUUCUUCCCAACCUUCUCUGAUGACUCUUAUCCGUCUCCAUUCUUCCCAACCUUCUCUGAUGACUCUUAUCCGUCUCCAUUCUUCCCAACCUUCUCUGAUGACUCUUAUCCGUCUCCAUUCUUCCCAACCUUCUCUGAUGACUCUUAUCCGUCUCCAUUCUUCCCAACCUUCUCUGAUGACUCUUAUCCGUCUCCAUUCUUCCCAACCUUCUCUGAUGACUCUUAUCCGUCUCCAUUCUUCCCAACCUUCUCUGAUGACUCUUAUCCGUCUCCAUUCUUCCCAACCUUCUCUGAUGACUCUUAUCCGUCUCCAUUCUUCCCAACCUUCUCUGAUGACUCUUAUCCGUCUCCAUUCUUCCCAACCUUCUCUGAUGACUCUUAUCCGUCUCCAUUCUUCCCAACCUUCUCUGAUGACUCUUAUCCGUCUCCAUUCUUCCCAACCUUCUCUGAUGACUCUUAUCCGUCUCCAUUCUUCCCAACCUUUUCUGAUGACUCUUAUCCGUCUCCAUUCUUCCCAACCUUCUCUGAUGACUCUUAUCCGUCUCCAUUCUUCCCAACCUUCUCUGAUGACUCUUAUCCGUCUCCAUUCUUCCCAACCUUCUCUGAUGACUCUUAUCCGUCUCCAUUCUUCCCAACCUUCUCUUUCUCUGCCCGGUGUGUGUACAUUGUCCUUCGGCACUUAUUUCUUUGAAAUACCUGUAGCUGUGGUCUGGCUACCACAUGACUAUGGACCAUAACAGUCAAUAACAACAGUCCACUUCCUGCUUGUACCAUCACAUCUUCACCAGGACUUCUGCCGCUUCGACUACUUUAUGUCCCAUUGGAAAGAAAACAAAGAAGGAACUAUUGUUCUUGCUAGGGAAUAUUUACAGUAGACAUUUACUCUGGGAAAUCGAUGAUCCUUCUUCUCGUACCACAUUCUCGGUAUCUUAAACUAUUUCAUUAGACUAGUCACUUGUCGUUAUUUGUGCCUUUGCUAGGUUCUUCAGACUGUCAUUAUAAAGUUGGCUGAUAUUUGAAAAGACAUGAAUAAUCAAUGGUCAUCAAAAAGCACACCCACAUUAAAUGUUGAGAUGUCGGCCUGCUUGAUUAACAGGUCGAUUGUGUCUGCAGCAUGGAGUCAGAAAUGCCAACUGUAUUGUUGAUGGGAACCCAUAGCCCCUUCGUCAGAAAUGCCUACUGUAUUGUUGAUGGGAACCCAUAGCCCCUUCGUCAGAAAUGCCUACUGUAUUGUUGAUGCGAACCCAUAGCCCCUUCGUCAGAAAUGCCUACUGUAUUGUUGAUGGGAACCCAUAGCCCCUUCGUCAGAAAUGCCUACUGUAUUGUUGAUGGGAACCCAUAGCCCCUUCGUCAGAAAUGCCUACUGUAUUGUUGAUGCGAACCCAUAGCCCCUUCGUCAGAAAUGCCUACUGUAUUGUUGAUGGGAACCCAUAGCCCCUUCGUCAGAAAUGCCUACUGUAUUGUUGAUGGGAACCCAUAGCCCCUUCGUCAGAAAUGCCAACUGUAUUGUUGAUGGGAACCCAUAGCCCCUUCGUCAGAAAUGCCUACUGUAUUGUUGAUGGGAACCCAUAGCCCCUUCGUCAGAAAUGCCAACUGUAUUGUUGAUGGGAACCCAUAGCCCCUUCGUCAGAAAUGCCUAAACUAUAACAGUACUGUUUUAAUAGAUGUCUGUCAUUUUGGGGGAUGACGACAGUAUUUUCUCUAAACCAGCAAUGAGAGGUCAGAGGUUGUGUGAAAGGGACCAGUCAGGUCUGGAUCUGGGAUCACUUAUAAUGGUUCUGUUUGGAUUUGUGUGAUAGAAAUGAUCAUUUUUCUGUGUAUUUGUUGAAAUGAACAAGAGUUUUUUUUGUGUGUGGUGGGGGGGGGGUCUCUGCUGUGUUCCACAUCAGGCUGCACAAUUUUUUUUUAUUUUUAAAUUGAUCCAUGUGUGGAAACCUGAUCAUUCAGAUUCUCUGUUUCUCUCUUCAUUUCUGUCCCGAACCACAGGUCCAAAUUCAGACGUGGCUCAGUUUCUAAAUGUGAAAGUCAGGGUUGGGGGUAAAAUGAGAUGAUCCUAGAUCAGGUGUUUCUCCUUUGUGGGGGACAACAACAACAAACUGCACACUGAGUUUCCUCACGGAUGUAAAGCCUUCAUACUGUAAGUGAGUUUCCACACGGAUGUAAAGCCUUCAUACUGUAAGUGAGUUUCAACAUGGAUGUAAAGCCUUCAUACUGUAAGUGAGUUUCCACACGGAUGUAAAGCCUUCAUACUGUGAGUGAGUUUCCACACGGAUGUAUAGCCUUCAUACUGUAAGUGAGUUUCCACACGGAUGUAAAGCCUUCAUACUGUAAGUGAGUUUCAACAUGGAUGUAAAGCCUUCAUACUGUAAGUGAGUUUCCACACGGAUGUAAAGCCUUCAUACUGUGAGUGAGUUUCCACACGGAUGUAAAGCCUUCAUACUGUAAGUGAGUUUCCACACGGAUGUAAAGCCUUCAUACUGUGAGUGAGUUUCCACACGGAUGUAAAGCCUUCAUACUGUAAGUGAGUUUCCACACGGAUGUAAAGCCUUCAUACUGUGAGUGAGUUUCCACACGGAUGUAAAGCCUUCAUACUGUAAGUGAGUUUCCACACGGAUGUAAAGCCUUCAUACUGUGAGACGUUUGUUAUCCUUGAACAUAUAGUUUUUAAAUUUUCUGUUUAUUUUACAAGUUGUGAUGCUGCUGUUUGUACAUGGUCUUAUGCCUGUCUGUGCCAGUACUAUUUACAGUUAUUUUAAUAUCACCUAUACAACUAUACAAGACCAGCAUUCGCUUACAUAAGGAAAUGUAUGUAUACAGUCAGGUCCACAAAUAUAAAAAAGUGCUGUAAUUCCUACGCUCUUAUUUGGAUGUAGAUUCCUUCAAAUUACAGCUAAAAGUCUGCAUUUUCAGCUCAUAUUAAUUAUUUAAUUUAAACCCCAAUAUGCUGUGGGUAGACAGCUAAAAGUCUGCAUUUUCAGCUCAUAUUAAUUAUUUAAUUUAAACCCCAAUAUGCUGUGGGUAGACAGCUAAAAUAAUAAUCACUUGGUUAAUGUUCAAAUAUUUAUGGACCUUGACUGCAGCUAUGAUUGGUUUGAUUUCCUAAAUAUUUAAAUUAAUAUUAACUUCUUA